CCGUGGAGCGAAGAAGGCCGAGACCCGCAGCCCAGUUAGCCCCAGGAGGCACUUGCCCGACUCCGGCGACCUCCCCACCACCCACCAUGGCCGCCGCCGGCGAGGCCUCCAGCAAGCUCCUACGCUUCCUCUACUUCGUCGGCGCGGGAGUGAUCUGCACCAAGGCCAUCAACACCUAUCGCGACUACGAGCACAAGAAGGAGGCCUCAGCCGCCGUCGCCGCCGCCGCCGCCGCCGAAGCGGCGUUGGCUUCUGCAGCGGCGCCCGAACCCGUGCCUGCAACUGCCGCCGCCGCCGCCGCCGCGAAGCCCUGAUUGCGGAGUAGGGGCCUAUCGGUUAGGGUUCUUCGGAUGUUGUUCUCCAGAGGAGAAAUAGAUAUUAUCUUUUGUUUCUGAUAUUUCAUUAUAUGUAUCGUAUCGUGGUGACAUGAAUUCGAUAAUAAUCCUUCCUUUCACAUGUGUGAUCAUGGUUCUAUACUGCCUUGAA